AUGUCAGCGAAAGAGUGUGGCUUUCGUGCAGGGGAAUGGAAUGUAUCCUGGCUUGUUGAGUCUAUUACUGAAGGUAGCUGUGAGACCCCCAAGAGACCACUGUGUCCCCGGGGUCGAGGACGGGCCCAGUUAGGAGGAUGGUUUGCUGCUCCUAAUGAUGGCGCUAAACUGAUGUGUCUGGACGAGAGGUUUGGCAUCCAAGCAGGAAAGUGCGUCGUCUUGUCCUUCGGUGUAAAUAACGAAUGGUCUUUCGAAGAUGACGCCGAGAAGUUGGGGUGUAAGGUGUACGCCUUCGACCCCACUAUGGGCAUGGGGGACCACCAGAGGACGCCCAGCAUCCAGUUCUUCAAGCUUGGCAUCUCGGACGUCGAAGGAGAGAAGAAGAUCGGCAUGAACCCAGUUGCAACGGACUUCAAUUUUCACAAACCGUUCCCCGUCGACCGCUACGAGAACAUCGUCCGGCGUCUGGGACUCGAAGGCCGCGUCAUCGACUACGUCAAGAUGGACAUCGAACUCGCCGAGCUGGACGUCCUGCGCGACCUGCUGGACAACUCGCCUCGCCUCCUCAGGAACAUCAACCAAUUAGCUAUAGAAAUCCAUGAUGAUUAUCGAAUUGGAGACUUCGGUCCCAACAGCACCGUGCGGAAAUUCUGGCCGUUUUUCCACAGGCUUCGCUGUCACGGCUUCUCCAUCAUGAUGUCCCAAGCGAAUGCCCUUUGGUGGGAGGUGGUGUGGGGUCGGGACACUGCUGGCAUCCCCUUGGCAGAAUAAAAGCAGUGACACUGU